AUGCGCGGGAGUGGUGAUGCCGCGGAAAAAGGGGAGGAGGGUUGUGAGGUAGAGACAGCGAAUGGCGUUGUAACGGGCGGUGGUGGUAACAAGGGCUUCGAUAGCAUCGUAAAACGAGAUCCACGCACUCUUCUUGAGAAGCUUGACACGCCCACGUUGGUGGCGCCAGAGCUCGCGCCCGGCCCUAAGAACCGGCUAGACCCGUACCUCACGGCGCUCGAUAAGCUGUCGGACGCGCUGCGGUUCUUCGAGGCGCACAGCUAUCUGGGCAGCUGCCGCGUGGAGCUGCGCCAGGGAAGGGGGCUGAUGGACGAUGCGGUGGGGCGACUGAAAGAGGAGUUCGGAGAGGUGCUUUCCGGUGCAAGCCUGGUACCGGAUCGGAAGGCGCUCGUCCAAUCAGCAGCGUGCAUGAAGCCAGGCGAGGUGGUGCCGCCCAUGCCUCUGGUUCGGCCCGAGGCUGUGAAGCCACUCCGGGCCAUAGCAGCGUGGAUGGUGGGCAAUGAGUACGAGGCAGCAUGCCUGCGAGUGUACGAGGAGCAGCGGUCAGCAGCGCUGCUGCGGUGUUUGGAGCGGCUGGGCAGUGAGGCGCGGACGCGUGACGAGGUGGUGGCGCUGCCGUGGGCCGACCUGGAGCCGCUCAUGAAGCGAUGGGUGGAGAACCUCAAGCUCACGAUGCUGGUGCUGAUCGCAGCAGAGGAGGCGCUGUGCAGCGACAUCAUCGGGCGAGGCCCCUCCCCCUCCCCCUCCCCCUCGGCACGUGCGCGGUGUCUGACGGGCGUGGCGGUGCCGGCACUGAAGCAGCUGCACGCGUUUGGCGACAUCAUCGCGGACAUGCCGCGCGCCCCCGAGCACGUCUUCUCCCUGCUCGAAAUGGUCGAGGCGCUGCUCGACCUCCGCCCUGCUGUGGAGAAGCAGUUUCCCGGGGAGGCGGGUGGCAAGGUGCGGCAGCAUCUGGUGGGCAUCUGUGCGGCGCUGUGUCGCACGGUGAGGGGCACCAUCGCUGACUUCCAGCACAUCGUGCUCCUCGACCCCUCUCCGCCCCCCGCCCCCGCUCCCUCCCUUCCCCGCUCCUCCUCCUCCUCCUCCUCCUCGCCCCCCUUCCCCCCUCCGCCUCCUUUGGUUUCAGCCUCUGGGCAGGAGGGAGGCGAGGAGAGGAAGGGAGAGGAGGGGGAGGGGGGAGGGGGAGGGGGGAGUCACGGGGAGGAGGAUCUGGACUCGAGCCACAGAUCGGAUUCCAGCCAUCGAUCUCACCACGGGGGUGCUGGGUCGCACAAUCGGACGGUGAGCGGCAGCGCGUCGAGCGGGAGGGGCAUUCUGGGCGGGCUGCUGCCGAAGAAGGUCAGCAAGGGGCACGAGGAGGGCAAGGGCGAGGCAAGGGGGAAGAGCAAGGCGGAGAGCAAGGGGGAGGGCAAGGAGGGUGGGGGGUCGGCGGGGCAGGAGGUGGUUGUGAGAGGCAGUCCGGACGUGCACCCGCUGACGAGCUACGUGGUGAACUUCAUCCUCCUCUACUUUGACGAGUGCGUGCCCCCUCCCCCAU